GGAGAUUAAUUAUAAAAUAAAAGUUGUUAAAGAUAAUAGAAAAACCAAAUAUGCGCCAAAAAAACAAAUGUUAAAUAUAGAUGUGCUGGAUAUAAUGGGUGUAACAAGUAAACAAGUAUUAGAAACUAGAAUUAGACUUUCGCAAUGUAAAAGUAGAUUUUCACAAGAUAUAGAAAUCUAA